UUUAUUUCUUGUUGAUGCUGAUGAUUUAUAUCAGACUUGCCCUGAUACACGGCUGCACAUGUGACCGUAUAGUUGUUACAGUUGGUCACAGCUCAGUCUUGUACAGUUAGUGACAGUUGGUCUCAGUACAUGGUUUGACUCAGACCAGCGUGCAUCUCACUGUGUCCCACUUGCGUUUUUUUUUCCUUGUGGAAAGUGAAUUCCCCAAUUAUGGGAGAUAAAUUGCCUCCAGCGAUGGAGAAGAGUACUCCUCCAAUAAGGAGUGAGGAAAAUCAACAACUUUUUGCUGCUACUAAGGCAGAGAUGGAAAAGGAGAAGGGGGAUACCAUCACGGUGAAGAGAAAGAUGGACAUCAGCGCUGAAAAGGAAAGUGGGAGAAAAAGGAAGAAAAAGGUGAAACAUCAGUGCAGUGACGACAUCAAGGAGGAGGAUAAUAUGAAAAAAGAAAAGAAGAAAGAAAAGAAGGGAAGAAAAAGACCCCGAAAAGAUGAGGAACCCAAAACAGAGGAAGCAGGAAGUGAGCAGAAGAGGCCCCACCAAGAAGAAGCUCCUCUCCAUGUUCCAGUCUGCACGUGUCAGAUCCCCGCAUUGCUUGGGAUUGGUUCAUUUGGCAAAGUGCCAUCAGCGGAUUUCGGCAAGACAAUUGAAGAGCCGCUGUCUAUAAAAUACAAGAUGUCUUCAGAAUGCCUCACGCCGUCAUCCGAGUUGGAGCACCCAAGCCAUUGUUGGACAUCCAGUAAUCUCUGCCAUUCUCAGGCCCAACCAAUGGCCAUCAACUCUCCAUACCAUCCGUCUCCAUUUGGUCCUUUUGGCUUCUCCGUCCAACCUUACACUGCAUAUGGGCCUCAUGUCGGCUUCUACCAACAGCCUUUUCCAUCAGUUCCUUAUAAUCUCGAUCCUUUCCUUGGUCCUGUUAUUAGACCUCCGCCAGGUCCAGUCAUAGUCCCAAUUUCUCAUAACCUGCCUCUUGAUGUCAUCAACACCCCUUGGCCCCCUCCGCCAGUUUCAGUCUUAGUCCCAGUUUAUCAUAACCUGCCUCUUGAUGUUGUCAACACCCCUUGGCCUUUUCCAUCACACCUGCAGUAA